AUGGCGGCGGCCAUACCCUGGAGCUCCCCGAGCGGAGCCCUCUGCAGGCAGCUUCUGCUGACCCUCAUGCUCUUGACAUUGGCCUGUGAUGCCUGUGAAAAAUUUACACUGCACGUUCCUUCCAAACUAGAUGCUGAGAAAUUUAUCGGUAGAGUUAACCUAAAGGAGUGCUUUAACUCUGCAAAUCUAAUUCAUUCAAGUGAUCCUGAUUUCCGAAUUUUAGAAGAUGGCUCAGUGUAUACAACAAAUGCUAUACUUUUAUCCUCGGAGAAGAGAAGUUUUACCAUAUUUCUUUCCAAUGCUGAGAACCAAGAGAAGAAAAUAGUUGUGGUUUUAGAGCAUCAAACAAAGGCACUAAAGAAAAGGCAUUCUAAAGAAAAAGUUCUCAGACGGGCCAAGAGAAGAUGGGCUCCUAUUCCUUGUUCAGUGCAAGAGAAUUCCUUGGGUCCUUUCCCGCUUUUUCUUCAACAGAUUCAGUCUGACACGGCACAGAACUACACUGUAUACUACUCCAUAAGAGGGCCUGGAGUUGACCGAGAACCUACAAAUUUAUUUUAUGUAGAGAGAGACACUGGAAACUUGUAUUGUACUCGUCCUGUGGAUCGUGAGCAGUACGAGUCUUUUGAGCUAAUUGCCUUUGCAACAACUCCAGAUGGGUAUACUCCAGAACUUCCACUGACCCUAGUAAUCAAAAUUGAGGAUGAAAAUGACAAUUACCCAAUUUUUACAGAAACUACUUACACUUUGACAGUUGUUGAAAAUUGCAGAGUUGGUUCUACUGUGGGACAGGUAUGUGCAACUGACAAAGAUGAACCUGACACGAUGCAUACACGCCUAAAGUACUCCAUCAUUGAGCAGAUACCCGCAUCGCCCACUCUGUUUUCUAUGCAUCCAAGCACCGGUGUGAUCACCACGACAUCAUUUCAGCUAGAUAGAGAGGUAAUUGAUAGGUACCAGUUGAAAAUAAAAGUACAAGACAUGGAUGGUCAAUAUUUUGGUUUGCAGACUACUGCAACUUGCAUCAUUAAUAUUGAAGACGUGAAUGACAACUUACCAACAUUUACUCGUACUUCUUAUGUGACAUCAGUGGUAGAAAAUAUAAUUGAUGUGGAAAUCUUACGUGUUACUGUUGAAGAUAAGGAUUUAAUUAAUACUGCUAAUUGGAGAGCCAAUUAUACCAUUUUCAAGGGCAAUGAAAAUGGAAAUUUUAAAAUUGUAACAGAUCCCAAAACCAAUGAAGGAGUUCUGUGUGUGGUUAAGGCUCUGAAUUAUGAAGAAAGACAACAGGUAGUCCUGCAAAUUGAUGUCGUUAAUGAAGCACCAUAUUCUAAAGAGGCUACAGCUUUGAGAUCAGCCACGAGCACAGCGACAGUUACCGUUAAUGUGGAAAACCAGAAUGAGGGUCCAGAGUGUAGCCCUCUGGUACAAACUGUUCGAAUUAAAGAAGAUGCACCCGUGGGAACACAGAGCGAUGGAUAUAAGGCUUAUGACCCAGAAACCAGAAGUAGCAGUGGCAUAAGGUAUAAGAAAUUAAAUGAUCCAAAAGGGUGGGUCAGUGUUGAUGAAAAUUCGGGAUCAAUCACAAUUUUUACAAGCCUGGAUAGAGAAGCAGAGGCCGUCAGAAAUAGUAUAUAUAAUGUCACAAUCCUUGCAUCAGACAAAGAUGGAAGAUCAUGUACUGGGAUACUGGGAAUUAUACUUGAAGAUGUGAAUGAUAAUGGCCCAUUCAUACCUAAACAGACAGUGAUAAUCUGUAAAACCACUAUGUCUUCUGCGAAGAUUGUUGCUGUUGAUCCUGAUGAACCUAUACAUGGCCCACCCUUUGACUUCAAGCUGGACAGUGCUUCUGAUUCAAAUCUACAGAGAAUGUGGGAACUGAGAAAAAUUAAUGAUACGGCAGCACAUCUUUUCUAUCAGAAUGACCUUCCAUUUGGAUUAUACAAAGUGCCUAUCAGAGUCACAGAUAGACAGGGCCAGUCUAAAGUCACUUCAGUAGAUGUUGUGCUAUGCGACUGUGUUACUGAAAGUGACUGCACAGAUUAUAGAAGUCCACAAACUGGCAACAGACAAGUAAAACUUGGAACGUGGGCCAUCCUUGCAAUAUUGUUGGGCAUAGCAUUGCUAUUUAGUAUUCUAUUUGCACUAGUCUGUGGGGCUUCUGGGAGAGGCAAACAACAAAAAACAUUUCCAGAUGAUUUAGCUCAACAGAACCUAAUUGUGUCAAACACUGAAGCUCCUGGAGAUGACAAAGUGUAUGCCGCAAAUGAGUUUACAUCCCAUACUGUGGGCAGUUCUGCUCAGGCAGUUUGUGGUACCAUGGGAUCAGGGGUCAAAACUGGAGGACAGGAAACCAUUGAGAUGGUGAAAGGAGGACAGCAGACCUUGGAAUCCUGCCAGGGGGCAGGGCAUCAGCACACCCUGGAAUCGUGUAAGGGAGGAGGACACCACACGCUGGAUUCCUGCAGGGGAGGACAAGUGGACGUGGAAAACUGCAGAUACGCUUACUCGGAGUGGCAGAGUUUCACUCAGCCUCGUCUUGGAGAAAAGGUGCAGCUGUGUAAUCAGAAUGACGAUUAUAAUCCUGUUCAAGAAUAUGUCCUUACGUACAGCUAUGAAGGCAAAGGAUCAGUGGCUGGUUCUGUAGGCUGUUGCAGUGAAAGACAAGAAGACGAUGGGCUUGAAUUUUUGGAUCACUUGGAGCCCAAGUUUAGGACACUAGCAGAAACAUGCAUAAAGAGAUGAGC